UUAAUGCUGCGAUAUUGGUAUAAAAGGAGCUGCGGCCGCAACAAGCAAUCAGUCUAAAGAACAUGAAAUUUCUAGCAGCUGUAUUAUUCGCAUGCGUUGCAGUCUUUGCGCUGCUGAACAACGUCUACGGCUCUCCGGUGCCCGAGCCGGUUGCCGAGCCGGUGCCCGAACCAGCUCCGGUGCCAGUGCCAGAGCCGGUGGCAGCCCCCAACCCCGAGCCAAACCCUGUACCUGUGCCAGAACCAAACCCGAAUCCUGCCCCUGAACCCAAUCCAAAUCCUGUCGCCGAACCAGUUCCGAAUCCUCUACCACCACCGCAGAAGCCUCCGAAGGCACCAGAGGUGGCACUACCAAGAGCGCCUCUGGAUGUUAUCAUGCCAGUCAAUGUAGAUAGUCGUUCCGUCGGUGCACGUACCGCCGACGAAGAGUCGCCCGAUAAGUAUUAGAUGACAUCCAUAUGUAUCGGAGGAUCGGUGGCAGCGGCUUGAGACGUUCUGGGGAGGCCUGCGCGCACACACACACACACAACGCACACACAUAUAUUUAUGUAUAUGAAUAACCCCUAUAAUGUUUGUAUGUAUGUAUUGCUAUAUAUGUAUUCGGACAGCAUGGGCAAUUAAUAAAUUGCAUU